AAUUACGGUACCGUCCCUUCUCCCGACCGACACCUGACCGCAGAUACCUGAAAAAGAUUUUCAACGCAAACUUUCCGUUGACGCAAUUAUCUCUGGCUGAAUAUAUAUACAUACGUCAAAAACUUCGAAAAAUGGGGAAUUACCUAACCCUGGCCGGGAGUCUCCAGUACCAACUACGCAUCUAUAAAUAAAAGAAAUAACCACAUUUCAAGGAAAUAAACUAAUCGGGACCUAUAGCCCCGUAUUCACGUGUCACAAGCCGAUGGUACGUUAACCAGUUGUAAUUUAACAAACUAUUGAUAGUACGUUAUUAUUAAUAAUGGCUUCCGAGAGGAAAGGGACGUUUAAGGUUGAGUAUCUUCAAAACAUCGAAAGGGAUGUUCAAACAAAAUGGGAAACUUCAAAAGUCUAUGAGAUAGAUGCUCCAUUGCAAGCUAGGAAGAAUACGGAUGAAAAGUUUCUGGCUACCUUCCCGUUUCCUUAUAUGAAUGGCCGCCUUCACUUGGGGCAUACGUUUUCAUUGUCCAAAUGCGAGUUUGCGGUCCGUUACAAUCGCUUAUUAGGCAAGAGAGUUCUGUUUCCCUUUGGUUUCCAUUGCACUGGCAUGCCUAUCAAGGCAUGUGCCGAUAAACUGAAGAGAGAAAUGGAACUAUAUGGCAAUCCUCCAAAUUUUCCUGAGAGCGUUGAAUCUAAGCAUGAAGAAAUAGAGGAUGUUAUUAUUAAAGAUAAAAGUAAAGGAAAAAAGAGCAAAGCUGUGGCGAAAACUGGAGCAGCCAAAUAUCAGUGGGAAAUUAUGCAAAGUCUUGGACUGAGUGAUAAAGAAAUUCCAAACUUUGCAAAUGCUGCAUAUUGGCUAGAUUAUUUUCCUCCUUUGGCUGUGCAAGAUUUAAAAUCAAUUGGAUUACAUGUUGACUGGAGACGUACGUUUAUAACAACAGAUGCAAAUCCCUUUUUUGAUUCGUUUGUCAGGUGGCAGUUUCAACAUUUAAAGACAAAGAACAAAGUGAAGUAUGGGAAACGAUAUACAAUAUACUCACCAAAGGAUGGCCAACCAUGCAUGGACCAUGAUAGAUCUACGGGAGAAGGAGUUGGGCCCCAAGAAUACACGUUAAUAAAGAUGAAAGUUGAAGAGCCUUAUCCAGAAAGUUUUAAAGGAAUUUCUAGCAAGAACAUUUUUUUGGUAGCUGCUACUCUGAGACCUGAAACAAUGUAUGGACAAACAAAUUGUUGGAUACACCCAGACAUAAAUUACAUUGCAUACAGCGUAACAACUGGUGACGUGUACAUAUCCACCGAAAGAGCGGCACGGAACAUGUCUUAUCAAGGCUUCACGAAAGAAGAAGGGAAAAUUCCUAUCAUCGUCAAAUUCACAGGCAAGGAUAUCUUAGGAAUCCCAUUGUCUGCCCCUCUUACAAGUAAUAAAAUUAUUUAUACACUACCAAUGUUAACUAUCAAAGAAGAUAAGGGUACUGGAAUCGUAACAUCAGUUCCUAGUGAUUCUCCUGAUGAUUAUGCUGCACUAAUGGACCUCAAAAAGAAAGAAGCUCUCAGAGAAAAAUAUGGAGUCGAAAACAAAAUGGUGUUACCGUAUGAUCCCAUUCCCAUUAUCGAGGUUCCAGAGUUUGGGAGUUUAUCGGCAGUAACUGUGUACGAGAAGCUAAAAAUUCAGUCGCAGAAUGAUAAGGCCAAAUUAUUAGAAGCGAAGGAAAUGGUAUAUUUAAAAGGCUUCUACGAUGGAGUUUUGUUAGUGGGGGAAUACAAGGGGUCGAAGGUUCAAGAUGUGAAAAAAGAACUCCAGAAGAAAUUGAUUGAUGCUGGAGAUGCUGUACUGUAUUAUGAGCCCGAAAAAACCAUUAUUUCCAGAUCUAACGAUGAGUGUGUUGUGGCUCUGUGUAAUCAAUGGUACCUAGAGUACGGUGAAAAGAAUUGGAAAAAACAAGCACUGGAAUGUCUUGCUAAUCUGGAGACAUUCCACGAUGAAGUAAGAAAGAACUUCUUAGCGUGUCUGGAUUGGCUUCAUGAAUAUGCUUGCUCGAGAACCUAUGGACUCGGUACUAAGCUUCCAUGGGAUGAAAAUUGGCUCAUUGAGUCACUCUCCGACUCAACAAUUUAUAUGGCCUAUUAUACAGUCGCUCAUUUACUACAAGGAGGAACAUUUAAGGGCGACAAGCCGAACGUCCUUGGAAUAAAAGCAGAACAAAUGACUCCGGAAGUGUGGGAUUAUGUCUUCUUUGACAGUGCUCCAUUACCAAAAUCCUUGAUAAAGAAAGAAGCAUUAGAACAGAUGCGACGAGAAUUUCGGUAUUGGUAUCCAGUCGACUUGCGCGUGUCUGGGAAGGAUUUAAUUCAAAAUCAUUUAACGUUCUUCAUUUAUAAUCAUACCGCUCUAUGGCCCGAUCGACCUGACUUAUGGCCACGAGGCAUUAGGGCAAAUGGUCAUCUCCUGUUAAACUCUGCGAAGAUGUCCAAGUCCGAGGGGAAUUUCUUAACCCUCAGCGAAGCCGUGCAGAAAUUUUCUGCCGAUGGCAUGCGUCUCUGCUUAGCAGACGCCGGAGAUUCUGUAGAGGAUGCCAAUUUUGUGGAAAGCAUGGCAGAUGCGGGAAUUCUUAGAUUAUACACGUACAUCGAAUGGGUGAAGGAAGUCUUGGCAACGAAGGACUCUUUUAGGAAAGGAGAUCCUUCCACGUUUAAUGACAAGGUCUUCGAAAGUGAGAUGAAUCUGAAAAUCCGUGAAUCUGAAGAGAAUUAUUCCAAAAUGUUAUACAAAGAAGGUUUGAGAACUGGAUUCUUCGAACUACAGGCAGCAAGAGAUAAAUAUUUACAAUUGUCUGCCUUGGAUGGAAUUAAUUUAACCCUCAUCAUGCAAUACAUUGAAUUACAAACAAUUCUAAUCUCUCCGAUUUGUCCACACGUGGCCGAACAUGUUUGGAGUCUAAUUGGAAAGAGUGACAGUAUACUUAAUGCUCGCUGGCCCGAGCAAGGUCCCAUCGAUGACAUCCUGAUAAAGUCUUCCCAGUACCUUAUGGAUGCUGCUCAUUCGUUCAGAAUCUACUUAAAAAAUUAUUUAACAGUGAAGAAAGCGCCAAAGUCGCAAAAGGAACCACCUCCUAUAGAGAAACCUACUCAUGGUACGAUCUGGGUAGCUAAGUCUUUCCCACCUUGGCAAAGUAUCGUACUUACAACGAUGAAGGAACUUUAUACUAAAAAUAAAAAUACCUUACCCGAGAAUAAGGUGAUCGCUACAGAAUUGGGAGGCAAAGCGGAGUUGAAAAAAUACAUGAAGAGAGUAAUGCCAUUUGUUCAAGCUACUCGAGAGAAGAUAGAGUCGAUCGGAGUGACAGCUCUCAAUCUGACCCUCGAUUUCAGUGAAGUGGAUGUCCUCGCUGGGAAUAAAGAUUACCUUUGCAACACCUUAAACCUCGAAGAGAUCGAGAUCAAGUACACCGAUGAAGCUCCAGAAAAAACGAAGGAGGAGUGCUGUCCUGGGACACCGUACAUGAAUUUCUCUACGAAACCUGGCAUUACAGUGACCGCAGCAAAUCCACAGAUAUCUAGUGGCUUCUUCAGCAUGCAGCUUAAGAUCUGCCAUGGAGACACCGUCCUCGCAGUUGCAACGAGAAUUGCAAAAGAAAAUAAACGCUUAAAAGACCUCUCCAUGGUACACUUAUACAGAUACAGCGAUUACAUUCUGGGACCACGCAUGAUUCCCGUUGUAGACGACAUCCUGAAAGGUAAAGUCGAAAUUCCGCCCAAAUCCACUUUCAGCAUCAACCCGAAGUCCAACAUCCUCGAAGUGAACGUUAAUGGAAAAAUGCACGCCGUUGGAACCGAUCUCGUGUACACAAUACAAGCUCCGAAUUGAGCAAGCCCCUCAUCAAGGAAUCACCCACGAUAAUCAAUUUUUUUACAAACAGCAUUUAUUGUUCAGAUAAACUUAACGUUCAGUCUUGUUAACGAACAGUGAGGAUAAUUAAACGCUCUUCUACAAUCA